AUGACUCAUUAUGCUGGCUUUGCUGUUAAUCGAGAGUGCAGGACCCCUCAUAAUGGAUCAGGCUUUCUCUGUGAUGACCGAGUCACCUGUCUGCCCCCCUCGGCCCUCUGUGAUGGGUCUUUACUUUGGAAGGACCUCACACUGAUUACUUAUAGGCAGACACCUGGUAUUACUAAGUUCACAUGUGUUUCAGGUGAUCUGCCCAACAACCUCCCGAGCAACCUUGUGUUUUGGUGUGGAAACUCUCGGUUCUGGAUUUUUGUAGAUAAAAAGUGCAACAAGAUAAACGACUGUGGGGACUGCUCAGAUGAGAUAGGCAUCUACUUUUUAUGUAUUUCUAUCAACACAUCAAAUGGCUUUUCCAGUGAAUGGAAAACAUCCAUCAUCAUUUUACUGUGCUUUUUGUGCCAUGUUAUUUACAUACCUAUAUGUGCAUGUUUCUUAGAUGCAGAUUGCCCUCCGUGUGGAUCGCAAUGGUGGACGUGCACCCCAGUCGAAUUCCAAUACUGUUUGUGUAUCCCUCGCUCCCUAUGUAAAGACGGCAGGCAGCACUGCUAUGACUGGUCAGAUGAGUACGUAUGCUCAGGUGGCUAGUAACCUCUACAUAACCUCACACAAUGAGGAAAUAUGGUCUCUGAAGUCUGAUGCUACACUUACAUUAACAGUAGGAGUAUUUGAGAAAUAAUAUAUGGGUUAAAAACACACAGUGUAAGAGUAAAAGUAAAUGUACACAUUGCUUUUGUACAUGUAGAAUAAUAAUAUACAGAGAGUAUACAGCAACAUACCAAAUGUAUUUAUUUUAAUUUGUUUUCUUUCAAAUGCAGUUUGACCACUUAAAUUCUUUUUUUUAACUUAAACGUGUUCUCUGAAAAUA